AUGGAUCACUUAGGGGCGCACCACCUCCACCCGAGCCACGCCGAGCCCAUUAGCUUCGGAAUCGACCAGAUCCUGAACAACCCGGACCAAGGCAGCUGCAUGAUCUCCAACGCGGCGGCGGACUACGGCCUGGGAGGAUGCGUGGUGAGCAGCGCCUACAACCCCAUGGGCGGCCACUACGGCUCGGCCCCCGGCGGCGGCGGCGGCGGGUCCUCCUCCGCCGGGGGCUACGGCAACGGCGGCGCCUGCAGCAUGGCUUCGCUGGCGGGCUCCUACAACCUCAACGUCGGGGUCGGGGCCAUGAACGGAAAUAACCUCAACGCGGCCGGGGGCGUGAUCCGGGUGCCGGCCCACCGGCCCGUGGCCGGCGGCGUCCCCCAGCCCCUCCCCACGGCCGUGCCCACCGUGAACAACCUGACGGGGCUGACCUUCCCCUGGAUGGAGAGCAACAGGCGCUACACCAAGGACCGCUUCACGGGUCACCCCUAUCAGAACCGGACGCCCCCCAAGAAGAAGAAACCACGCACCUCUUUCACCCGUCUGCAGAUCUGUGAACUGGAAAAACGCUUCCACCGACAGAAGUACCUGGCCUCAGCCGAGAGGGCGGCUUUAGCCAAGGCUCUGAAAAUGACUGAUGCCCAAGUCAAGACCUGGUUCCAGAACCGGAGAACAAAAUGGAGGCGGCAAACUGCAGAAGAACGGGAAGCAGAGCGGCAGCAAGCCAACCGCAUCCUCAUGCAGCUCCAGCAAGAGGCCUUCCAGAAAACCAUCAACCAGCCCAUCCAAGCAGACCCAAUCUGUGUUCACAAUUCCUCCCUGUUUGCCCUCCAGAACCUUCAGCCAUGGUCAGAUGACUCUUCCAAGAUCACCAGCGUUACUUCUGUGGCCUCUUCCUGUGAGUGA